AUGAGUGACGCCUACGAACGCGAGCAGCAGAAUAAUGCGCUCCUCAAUUCCCUCUCCUCGAAGGUCUCAGCUCUACGCUCCGUGACGAUCGAUAUCCAUGACAAUGCGCGGGAUCAGGACACUCUCGACCAUACGAGCGAUGUAUUCUCCUCCUUCUCAACAAACCUCAAAGGCAGCGCCACUCGACUCACGCGGAUGGCGAAGCAAGGCGAUUCCGUGGCUGUGCUGAAGAUUGCAGGCAUGUGCAUUGCCGCUGGCAUCGCCCUCUAUAUCAUUCUUGGGUGGAUCUUCUGA